GUUCGAUUCAAGAUGGCGCUCGCUGAAUCGACAAUAGAAGUUUGCAACCUUUUAAACCUGGGAAAUAUACCCAUAGACUGGACACAAADAGUAUGGAAUGAUGAUUUCUACGAGUAUCAUGGUUUACCUGAGCYAUUCGAAGAAAAUGCGUCCGAAAAGCAGUAUUUUAAAGCGGAACUAGAGAAGCUGUUGUUAGUUUGUCGAAGAUGGGUGAAGUCUACAGAAGAAACUUCUACAGAAGGGUUUUGGAAGAUUCUCUCUGAUAAUGAUGUUCCCCUUCGUUCGUUGAUCGCCUUUCUGCAUGCGAUGAUUGAAUCUUGCAAAAGGCAUUCUCGACCAGGACCUAAGUUAGAAAGUGCUGUUAUAUCAGCGAAUGUGUACAUACUGCUGGUUCAAAUUCCAGGAAGUGGUGCCUUUAAUGUCUACCACCACCUCCUGCUUCAGAAGGCUGUUGACAUUUUGAAGCAUUGGCCUCGUAAAGAAAAUUCCAAAAGGAAAAGACCACAGUCGUCACAAAACAACGGAAAACAAUCUACCAAUGGUAGAAAAGCUAAGUCAAGACGUACAGCUAAAGAUAGUCAGCCAUGUGUAGAUGAUGAGGAAGACUCUAGACUUGAAAAUGAAGAAAGUGAUGACARUGAUGAUGAUAGCGAUGAUGAUGAUGAUAUCGGAGUUGGUCUCUCUUUAGAGGCUCUGGUAGACAGUCUCAAGAAAAGAAUUAUUGAAUUUCUGCAGGAUACUGUUUUGCUGCUGAGCAUGUUUUCUCUGAAWGGUUCGGAGCAAACUUGUGUUCAUAUUAUGCAGAGGCUAACAGAAAUGGCCAAGAUAGACGUCAUUACUGUACCAUCUACUUUUGAACUACCAGAAAGGUCUUCACUGAAGCAAGUCAAAUCGGUUGCACAACUUGGAUACAUUGCUCUUGGUCAGUUAUGUACUACGCUUCAUGGAGAUGUUGGCUCAAACACUCGAAAUGUGUUGAAGAAUCUACUUCCUCUUUUCCUAAUGGCAGAUGGUGGUGCCACGUUACACAAAGAUGUCCAGCUUGUGAAGGAUUAUGCCGUAGCGUUUGCUUGUUAUAUUGCAGCCAAAGAGUGCAGCGAGUCCCAAAAUGCCGUCAGGGUUCUCAUCCAACACCUGUGCACAAAGUGCCCAGACAAAGCUGACUAUAGGGUCCCAGUUGCCAAGGUAACUUUAUAGA